AUGUUACUCUCAUGUGCGCUACACAUUAGUGACAAAGAAAAUAACGAUGCAAAACGAUAUAUCCCUCAGCCAAAGCGCCGUGUUACUUUCAGUAAUGAAGUUAGUGCAUGCCCACCACCUGAUGACGGCAACUAUCCUUCGGCUUUGAUAAUACCGCUAAAAUCGGAAGUGGUUGUUGUCAACAAACUUCGCAAAAAAGGUCGUGAUUCGAAGAAAUGGCUCAGCGAGAUCGAGAAGAAAGAAAUUACUGAAAUGGCUCAAGAAUUCUUCAAGUGUUGUGACACUAUGCAACCGUUAAAAAUAGAGGAAAAAAUGGAAGGUAAUGGGUUUUUGUUAAUGGAUCGCCAGAUGGAGCAAUUGUCCCUGAAUGAAAUGUCAUCAUCCACUCCAUAUUCAGCUGCUAGACGUCAUCUAGAAUCUAUAGCUGAACGUUACAGAUUUUCUGUCAAUUAUACCGAUUUUCCUGUGACUCCGAAUGGGAUUGGAGAUCAAUAUUUUUCACUUAUUUCAAUUGGAAUCGAUAAGCCUGUCGUAUGUCACGGAAGUGGAAAUACCGAAGAGGCUGCUCAUGAAGAUGCUGCUCGUAAUGCCUUACUGCUUUUUUGCAAAGUUUGGAUGGUGUAUUAA